GGACUUGGGGGGUGGGAGUGGGGGUCAUUGAGGGCAAAAGAAGGCCUUGUGGUUAGUCAGAGUGUAUUGGUGGAAACCUCACCGCCAGCUCCCUCCAUACUGUGGGAGUGAUCUUAGUGGGCUGAGAGAUGCCUAGCGAGGACCAAAGCAGCCAGGGUAAGGUAGAACUCAUUGCGAGCCAGGUGCCACAGAGGGAAAUGUUAUUGGGAGCCCCCUAGGCUCAGCUGCAGUGUCCCCCCCCCCCAGCGUGGCCAGGCACUGGAAGAAGGGUAGGAGGCAGGGUCAUGUCACCAUAGCAAGUCUUCUGCAUUCCUGGGACAUCAGGAAACCUUGGUGCAGGAAUGUGCUGGUCUUGUUGGCAUUUGGAGAUGCCAGGACCUGGCCAAGGCCCCCAAAGGGGCAGAGUUGAAGCAGCUUCCCCUGUCACCCCCACAUGGGGGCCCUGGGAAGCCUGGAACCCUAUGCAGGCCAGGACAGGGUUGUCUGAUGGGACCAGUAGCAGAUGCUCUUCCAUUGGACCUUGUGUCAGCCUCAAACCCUGUCCCUCCAUCUCUGUCCAGAGAGAAGGCCCCUAAAGAAAAGUCCCAGCAGCCAGCCCUCCGGCAGCCCCGCCAGGGACCCACAGAUGAGGCACAGAUGGCGGCGGCAGCAGCCCUGGCGCGGCUGGAGCAGAAGCAGCCCAGGUCCCGGGGUCCUACGUCACAGGACUCCAUCAGGAACCAGGUGAGAAAGGAGCUGCAAGCCGAGGCAACCAGCAGCAGCAGCCCGGAUGCUCCUGGGACCAAGUCGAUGCCUGAGACCAAAGAGGAAGGCUCAGGCCACCUGGCUGUGAAUGGCGUGUACUUCACCUGUCCGCUCACGGGGGCCACCCUGCGGAGGGACCAGCGGGACGCCCGCAUCAGAGAGGCCAUUAUGUCGCACUUCACCACAGACCCUGUGGCCGCCUCCAUCAUGAAGAUCCACACAUUCAACAGAGACCGUGACCGGGUGAAGCUGGGAGUGGACACCAUUGCCAAGUACCUAGACAACAUCCACCUGCACCCUGAGGAGGAGAAGUACCGGAAGAUCAAGCUGCAGAACAAGGUGUUCCAGGAGCGCAUCAACUGCCUGGAGGGGACGCACGAGUUCCUGGAGGCCAUCGGGUUCCAGCGGGUGCUGCUGCCCGUCGCGGACCAGGCGCUGUACCAGUUCGUGCGCGAGUCCCUGCAGAGCGACUGGCUGCCUUUUGAGCUGCUGGCAUCCGGGGGGCACAAGUUGGUGGAGGAAGAGACCCCGGCCUUCAAAGAGUGCGGGCUGGUGCCCUCUGCUCUCCUGACUUUCGCGUGGGAUGCUGCUGUGCUGGAGGACAUCAGGGCUGCAGGGACAGAGCUGGACUCCUCGGUGCUGAAACCGGAGCUCCUGGAGGCCAUGGAGAAGCUCUCCUGAAAUAAAAGCAGGGUUGGCUCGGCCUGCGGCUCUGUUUCAUGCUCUCCCCAUCCGUCCCUCCCUGGAGCUGCCCUGCCGCCUUGCCCCAGAGCCCCUGGCCAUACGAGGGUGCUGGCUGGCUGUGUUGCUGUGUAAGGGGCCCAUUCCAGAGACUUCGUCCCAAGCAGGGGUGCUACUGACAUGCACUGGAGCCCACUAGGGACAGCACUGCAUCUAAGGCCUCCCCAGCCACUGUCCUGUGGAGCCUAGGGUACUCCUAGGUGGGCCUCUCCCUGGGUCUAGCAGAUCUGAGGUUUGAGGACAGGGCCCGCAAGCUGUGGACAGAGGCAGCACAUAGAUGUGUAAUUUCUAAAUUAUGAACCUAAAUAAAAUAGGAUAUUUAACUAUA